UUGCUUGUCUUGCUCUCCAUUGCUGCUGCUUUAGAACGGCCGGUUUUCUGAUGCCUAAAUUAAUAGUCCCGAGUCAUGAAUGGCAGACCUUAGAGGAAGGUCAAAGUAUACCUCCCGGUUGCCAUGUGCGAAUGUGCUUAAAUACUGGUAAACAGGAAGUUAGACUUCUGAGAAAGGAAGAAUCAGAUAACUCUUUGGCCUCUGCGUUACUUCCUGUUAAAGAUAAACAAAUUUCUGCUGUUGAUAAUAUAAAGGACAGUUCAGGUUCAGAUACUGGUUCUCAGAGUAUAUCGAAUUGGAGGGGAUUGUUGAACUGGAGUCUUCGCCAUAGCGAUGAGACGGAUCCUAACAGGAAACUUACUGAAAUGGAUUUAGAACGCAGGAAUUGGUUAAAGGAGGCUCUUGAGAGUAACUUAUCUGAAUCCAAGAAAAUGGCAGAGUUAUUGAAUAUUAUUUUUGAGGAUAAAGAUAAAUUUUACUCUUUAGAAUUUACUGAAGAGGAACUGCAAAUGAGAGAAGAUGCUUUGGAAAGUUUAUGCGAAUAUGUGUACGAUCUUAAUAAUGCAAUUGACUUGAUGAAAAUGGGAGGUCUCCUUCUUCUUCUAGAUUUGUUGGACUCCAAGUAUCCUUCCAUUCAAUGGCGCGCAGCAGAUGUUAUAGCAGUUUCACUCCAGAACAAUUCCACCUGUCAGGAUUAUGCAGUGGCCCACGGCUUCUUCCAGCGCAUCCUGGCACUACUGGACUGUGACUCACCACGUGUUCAAACCAAGGCCAUUUUUUGUCUGUCUGCACUUGUGAAGGGCAAUAAAGAGGCGGGUCAACUCCUUUGCCAGCGUGCAUGUUUCUCUCACUUGUUGGCUCUUAUAGCCUCUUCUACUUCUGAGAAUAUGCCCUUUCUUCAAAAGGCGCUGGGACUUCUCGAAUAUACAUAUCUUGCGGAUCUUCUCAACUGUGAGUUUCUAGUCGAACAGGAUGUCAUUGAGCUUCUCCCGUCUAUUCUUUCGUGGUCUUUCCGUGCGUCCAACUGGCCCCUCGCUUUUCAAGCCUUGCGGCUACUUUCUGAUCUAGCAAAAUCUCCUGCGGGAAAAGAGAAACUGCUCAACCGCGCUUCAGUUUGGCAUACAUUACUUGUUGAUUUCAAAAAAAAAGUUUGCGAGUCAUUCGAUGAGGAGUCGGAGGCUUACGAAUUUGAACUGUUGGAUAGCGUCCUGCAAUUAAUAUAAAUUAUAAAAAUGAUCUCUUAUGAACUCGGAAGUGUUAUGUAUGAGUAAAUUAUGCUGUUUGCAGUAAA